GAUAAACAACUAUUCGUUCCGGAUGCGUUUGUUUCUAGGGGGAACAAAAACAAGAACGGACCGGAGUUUCAUGGACAUUUAUGCUUUACGUAAGGAUUCAACAACUUAUAUAGCUUAUAGACGUUACUAUGAUAUGAAUGGCUUUUACUGGAGCUCGUUUAACACGGCUUUAUAUCUUAUGUUCCGGUGUUAUUUUACGUAGAUCUUUUUCACAUGUAGGAAUGGACGACAUGGGCAUCGGCAUGAGCCGUUCCUGUCUUGAGCGGCUGGAGUUUGAUAAUGUUGCUCUUAAAAAACUCCCGCUGGAUCCGUCCACAGAACCGGGAGUCCGACAGGUACGGGGAGCGUGCUUCUCUAGAGUACUACCAACACCUCUCAAUAACCCAAAGUUUGUGGCAGUUUCGGGGCCAGCUCUUGCACUUCUGGGUCUUAAUGCUGAUGAGGUUCUGAAGGAUCCACUCGGCCCAGAGUAUCUCAGUGGGUCUAAAGUGAUGCCUGGAUCAGAGCCUGCUGCCCAUUGCUACUGCGGGCACCAGUUUGGACAGUUUGCAGGACAGCUGGGUGAUGGAGCUGCAUGCUAUCUGGGAGAGGUGAAAGCCCCAGUGGAUCAGUGCCCUGAGUUACUGCACGAGAAUCCCACUGGUCGCUGGGAGAUCCAGGUGAAAGGUGCUGGGCUGACACCAUAUUCUAGGCAGGCAGAUGGCCGGAAAGUUUUGCGCUCCAGCAUCCGCGAGUUCCUUUGCAGUGAGGCGGUUUUUUUCUUGGGAGUGCCAACCACAAGAGCAGGAUCAGUAGUGACCUCAGAUUCGCGGGUCAUGAGGGAUAUCCACUACGACGGGAAUCCACGGAUGGAAAGAUGCUCUGUAGUCUUGCGCAUUGCUCCCAGCUUCAUCAGAUUUGGAUCAUUUGAAAUCUUCAAGCGAGCUGAUGAGUUUACAGGGCGUCAAGGUCCCAGCUAUGGCUAUGAUGAGAUCAGAACCCAGAUGCUGGAUUAUGUAAUUGAGAACUUCUUCCCCGAGAUCCAGCAGAGUCACUCAGACCGUGUAGAGAGGAUCACUGCCUUCUUUAGAGAGGUGACUGUACGAACAGCUAGGCUGGUGGCACAGUGGCAGUGUGUGGGUUUCUGUCAUGGAGUCCUCAAUACUGAUAACAUGAGCAUCCUGGGCAUCACUUUGGACUAUGGCCCUUUUGGCUUCAUGGACCGUUUUGACCCAGAUUUCAUCUGCAAUGCUUCUGAUAACUCGGGGCGGUACUCUUACCAGGCACAGCCGGCCAUCUGCCGCUGGAAUUUAGCUCGGCUAGCAGAAGCCCUAGUCCCUGACCUACCGCCUGACCGGGCCGAGCAGGUGCUGGAUGAAUACCUGCCUCUUUAUAAUGCCUUCUACCUGAGCAACAUGAGAAAGAAACUGGGUCUGCUAAGGAAGGAGGAACCAGAGGAUGAGAUGCUCAUUACAGAACUUAUGCAGACCAUGCAUAACACUGGUGCGGACUUUACCAAUACUUUCCGCAGUUUGAGUCAAAUUUCCUGCCCUACACAGGAGGAGGGAGAGGAUGACAAUGAGGCUAUUAGACAAGCCACAGAGCUGCUCCUACAGCAGUGUGCCUCUCUAGAGGAGCUGAAAGCCGCAAACAGACCUACCAUGGACCCACGUGAGCUUGCAAUGCUGCUGUCCAUGGCUCAGAGUAACCCUGCACUGUUCCAGAUGUUGUCGGACAGGAAAACACUGGCCCGGCAGCUGGAGAGACUCUCGAGAUUGAAGGAACUGAUGGACGCCAGUGAGGAACAGUUGAGGGCCAAGCAGAGUGAAGACUGGACCUGCUGGAUCCAGAAAUACAGGCAGAGGCUUGCUCGUGAGUGUGAGUCAGCAGUUGAUGUCAAAGCUGUACAGGAGGAGAGAGUUCAUGUGAUGAACAGCACCAACCCACGUGUGGUACUCAGAAACUACAUCGCCCAGAAUGCAAUAGAGGCAGCUGAAAAUGGUGACUUUUCAGAGGUCCAGAGAGUUCUGAAAGUGUUGGAAAAGCCAUUCUCUAUGCAGGAAGGACUUGAACAGCCAAGCUGGAUGGGUAGAGGAGAAGUGGAGGAUCCAGGAGAGAGAGAUGAGGCGGGAGAAGACGGGAAUACUUCAAGAGAGGGCAUAGGAUCAAGAGCAGAGGCUCGAGGACUUGUCCCAUAUGACAGCAGGCCCCCUACCUGGGCCAAUGAGAUCUGUGUCACCUGAUCAUCAUAAAACCUUCAUGACAACUAACCUGUUCCUUAAUGCAGAAUAAUCCUGCAGAAGCUGGUUGGGUGUCAGUGAAGGCAUUAAAAGAGGCAUUAAACUCCUGUCCACCAGUCAAAAACAUGCAGUAAGAUCAUGUGUAAAGGCUAAAUGAUAAUCUUGUUGUUAUCUUCAGUAUUCAUACUACAGUCCUGCACAUUUAUCUCUGUUUGUUAAACUGGUUAUGAAGACAUAGAUCACCAGUCUCACAAUGACAGGUCUCGGUCUGAAAGACAGAAGUUUUGCCUCAAUAUACAGUAUAUAUACAGUAAAAUGACUGGAUUUGAAUGUAGAAGGGUGUUCGUAGUUAAACGCACAAGCCAUUGAGCAAUGAAGCUUAAACGCACAAACAGGUGUAAUCCUUUAAUGGACAUCUAUCUCACUUUGAAUCAUAUAGUUAGUAUGUAGCACUGAUUUAGUCCUUGAUCCUUCUGUACUAGUUUACAACAGUCAACAGCUAGUGAUACUUGGCAAAAGUGACUAUAAAUAAGCAUAUUUUCCAAGUUUACCUACUGUCUUUGGCAAAACUGAAUCAUAUUUUUUAAAAAUGUAAUUGCUAAAUGCAUCAUAAAUCAUUGGGAGGGGACCUCGUAAUUACACAUUUUUAUUUUGGGGUCAGCCGAGGGAGUAUUUUUAUAUCCUUUGUGCCCAUUCCUGAAAUACUCUUUCAGUUUUGUUUAAAAUAUGAUUAACAGAACUUAACAGAUGAUUUUCAGUUUUCAGACAUGGUUUACAGUUUUAUUUUGUAAGCCUUUUAUGAACUGCCCUGAGUAAUAUACAGUAUUUCCAAGAUAAAGUAACAUGAUAAACAUAUCACAUAUCUGUGCUCUAUUGUUGUUAACCAGUAUUAUUUUUGUAAAGUCAACGUUUUACACUUGUAAAAUAGGCUUAAAACCUUUUAAUAGUGAGUGUUGAGGAAAAAGCGUUCAUUGUGCUUAUUUGGUGAGGAAUGUCUGUGCUGGGGGCCCAAUAGUUUGGGAACAUGUUAAUACAGGUUCAGGUGUGCACUUAAAAAGUAUGGCAAAUCUAUUCUAAACAGUGUCAAGUAUUUGCAGACAGGAACAAUUCUCACACGGAGGGUGAAACACUCUUUGUUUAUACUGUAAAACACCAUUUUCAAAAGCCCUUGAUUUAUUACAUUCAGUGCUGUGGAAGAAUAAGCGGGCAGCAGUUCUCAAAUGCAUUGAAGGACCAAGUUCUUGGAUGUUUUAUCUCAGUGACGUAACACGGCCACGCUGGAGAGGGAGCGGUCACGCGCACACGCACAGUCCGUGUACGCGCACAGGUAGAUUGAAAAUAAAUUUCAGAGGUGUCAACUUGGUCACAUGGACAUUCUAAGCACAAUACUAAUGUUUGUGUGACUAUAAAAGUGUUGGGGGAAUGAGUCAUACCAAAAAGCUGCCUUUCUUUGUUCUUUUUAAUUUUUACAUUGCCCUUAAUUGAAACCAACCCUUACAAAUAUCGAGAGUUCUUGGCAAAUUUACCACUUAAUAUUUUCACAUGCAAAUUUUCUUUGUGGCAAACUUGCAACAAAAUUGUCCAUAGUUGCCAAAAGUUUGCUACAGGUUCACCACUACAAACAUUGCGAAUUACAAGCUCAUUUGCAUGUGAAAAUAAUGUGUAAAAUUUGUGGCUAGUUUGCCAGAACUCUAGAUUGUUUUAAAGGGAAUCGGUUUUGGAUCAUGAAGAGGCUCAGAUUAAGUUUCAACAGUUUUAAAUUUUGCAUAUUAACCAUGUGUGUUUAUGCAAGGAAUGAGAAAAAAGGUCUAAUGUAUCGGCAUGAAUUUUAAAUGUAGAUGGCUUAUUGUCAUAUACUCCCAGUUUAAACAAUCUGUACACAAUAUUGUGGUGGUUUGAAAUGUAUAAUAGCAUUCUGAGGUAUUUGUCAGUGGCCCUUGUGCAUAAUAAUGUCGAGUACUGAUAUCAGUAGAGCAACUGCCCCCUGCAUUUAACUUUUUAUUGGAUUGAUUAGAUUUUGACCUAAUGUUUUAAAAAAGUACUAAAUGACCCCAUUGUUCCCCUAAGGUUGGUCUCAAAAUGCUGCUGUCUUCCUGUAAACUAAAAAAACUUUGCAUUUCUACUUUAGUCUUCCUGUGAACUUUAUGCAGUACUACUCUUGAUAUCAUAGAUCCAAUGCAUAUGGUGAGAAAGGGCAUGGGCAAGAUAUACUUGAUACACCAUUAUUGUAAAUCCUUUAACUUUUCUGCUACAAAUAAAAUUGUUUCUAACCAUUGUUAACUGUAUGGAAAGGGGAAUAAAAUAAUCAUACAUG